AUGGAACAAACGUGCUGGAGAUGCAGAAUAAUGUCUGCUUGCUCGUUGCUCCCUCGCCAUAAUUGCUCUUCUUGUCGCUGCUACCCCUUCCUAUCCUCAAGCUGCCAUGUCCUGCGCUCCUCUGAGUCUCGCUCUACCUGAUCUGUCUUGUUCCGAUAUCCUCGCGAUCCGGUUGCCCUGCCUGCAGUCGCCUUGCUUUACCUGCUUGCCUCUUUUUUUACUCGAUUGAGCUAGAUGCCUUCAUUCUCUUCGAAUUUUCAUUGCUCUCAUGUCCCCAAUACACCUUAUUUGUUAAAAUCACUAACACAGCAGUUGGUAAGACAUCAGUCAGAAUGAAACUUUCGUGUAGUCUGGUACAUACGAUAUGCAUCGAUUCAUAGAGAUUCGUUUUUUAGUUGUGCUUCGGUGCCGAAAUGUGAUUCCAUUGCAAAAUAUGCUUGAUGUAUUUUCUUCUCACUUGCUGUGUCAUGUUGAAGAAUCAAGAGAGGGGACAUGUACUUGCGACUAUAUGCCUUGAAUUUUUUGUGAAGUAUCUGACUUAACGAACAGGGAUCGAUUUGAAGGAAUUUCAUGAAAUUGAGCAAUAACAACAGAAGACAUUACUGAAUUAAAGCAGGGUAUAAUUGCCACUUAAAAUGAACAGGAGCAUUGGAAGCGAUGGCUCUAAGAACCCGAUUUCUCAGAAACUGAUAAAGGACACGGAACAACUGUUCAAGAAAGAGUUUGCAGGAUUGGUUCGGGAUGAUUUGGAAUCAAAAAUCUCUGACACAUUCCGUAUUCUUGACACGGAUAAGAGUGGGUUUCUAGAGAAAGAAGAGAUUCAUGAUGCCUUGGCCAGGAUGGGCAGGAAGAUGACGGAUGAGGAACUUGACCUUUGGAUUCAUGAAUUCGAUGCCGACGGAAACGGCGUUCUAGAUGAAGACGAAUAUGCUCACAUGGUCCGAUUUCUUGUGGGAGAACGAUGUUCUAUCACCUGUAUCUCGUGCUUGCGUGGAUGCAACACAACACAGAGAAAAGAAUUCAACUCAGGGUUUGGGGGGUUCGGAGGGUUCGGGAGGACACAAUCAUGCCCGUCAGUCGAGGCAAACCACCAGGUGCAGGAUCACAGCUCGAGCUUUUUGGGUAGGUUGAAGAAAAGUUUUGAUGACAGCAAAUUGAGUACGAAAAAGAAAGCCUGGGCGAAUCCAAGGAUGAGGAGUGGAAGCCUACCAGGAGGAAUACAGUUAAUGCCUAGACAGAAAUCAGUCUUCGAUCCAAAGAAGGAGAUGGACGACCUGUUUGAUUCUAUGAAAGAAAAACAAUUACGGCUGAAAAUUGAUUGGAAAUGGAAGGAAAACUCGUUUACAAGAUCCAUGAAUAAUUUUUCAAGUUUGCUAAGACAGAUGAAUGAAUUAUUAGUGACUCAUUUGAAAGGACUCCCACACGACCAGCUAUCUCACAAGAUAAAAGAGACGUUUGACCGCUUCGACCUCGAUGGAAACGGAACUCUUGCCAGGGACGAAAUCUCACAGGCAUUUGAAACGAUGGGUAAACCUCUUUCAAAGAUCGAACUUGACACGUUCAUGGACUCAUUGGAAGGGGACAACGAGGUGUUAGACCUGAUGGAAUUUACACACAUGUUGAAGGGGAUUCUGCAAGUGAAAUGCGACAGUGAUUGCAUAAUAUGCAGAAAGAAGGGGGACGACAGAUCCGAUGUGGAGCUUAUCCGCGACGAGCUGAAAUCCUCAAAGCCUCUAACCAAAGUCAGCAUGAAGGAGAAUCAGGAGCAAAAGACCAACCACAGCAAGAUCGCUGUCCCCGCCCCCAUCCCAGAGAGGGGUGGUGGUGGCUUGUUUCUCCGAACGAGUUCCUUCCCGGUGACACGAGCGGAGAUAGAGGAGUCAGAAGAGCUUUCCAUCUCCAAGGUUGAGCCUGCCAAGUUCUCGGUCGCAAAGAAUCAAGAGACGAUCCUACCUGCGCAAACCAAGGAGAAGGUUCAGAAAGACAACAUCUUCAGCAUCAACAAGUCGCCCGGGCCCGCCUCAAGAAUGUCUCGCAUGCUCUCUGGCGGGAUGUUCAAAUCACGACCAUCAGAGGGGAAAAGCAGCUGAGGCUCAGAAACCUGUUGAAUCUUCCGAGCUCCGACUCAGCCUGACGGUCCGACGGUCGGACUCUGGACUCCGGGAGCAAGUCUGUCGGCCCUUCAGACUCU